AAAAAAAUUACGAAUCAAUCGAAUUGGAGUGGUUGGAUAAUCAUAGAAAACGCAAUUUAAUUAGUUUUUUUUAAAUAAGUUAUCCUACAACAAUGUUCAAAAUAGCAGCCUUUACCGUGGGCUUGAGUAAAACUCCUUUACCAAGAUCACUCGCAGCGUUUUCGACCACUUCUGUGAGGCUAGUUGACCCAACAUGCUUAUUUGAAGCACCUAAACUUGAAACUAAAGAGGUGUUGUCCCGAGAUGAAGAAAUCCGCAAGGCACAGAUUCUAGAGUGCCAGAUCAUGGUGCCUGCCAAGGUGGACAUCAGUCCAGUAUCAGGCGUCCCAGCAGAACACGUAAUUGAGCGUAGAGUACGUAUUUUCAAACCAGCUAAGAAUGCUAUGCAAAGUGGUACUAACAAUAUUCACCAUUGGGAAAUGGAAUUUGAUAACCGCCAGCGUUGGGAGAACCCACUUAUGGGUUGGACAUCAACUGGAGACCCAUUGUCCAACAUGAAAGUACAAUUUAAAAGUUCCGAAGAAGCAAUUGAACAUUGCGAAAAGAAUGGAUGGAGUUGGUUUAUUGAUGAAGUGAAAGAAGUGAAACAAUUCAAGCCGAAAAACUAUGGAGACAACUUCUCAUGGAAUCGCCGUACCAGAGUCACUACAAAGUGAAGAUGUUAGUACCAUGCAUUGUUAACUUAUUUAAUUUUUAAUUAUUAGAAAAUUAUCGUAUGUUUGAAAUGACAU